AUGAAGUUCACCACCAUCCUCGCCUCAGCCGCCGCACUCCUCGCCGUCACCUCCCAGGCGACCGCCCUCGACUGGACAAACUGCGCCGACUCUUCUAGCCAAGUACCUGACGCAACCUUCAAGAUGGACGGCGAAUGGGCAUGUAUCGGCGAAAAGGUCUGCGGAACCUUGACCGGCACGUUUGAGAAACCCAUCAUUCAAGACGCCAGGCUCAAUAUCCUCGUCAAAUACCAGGGCAGAAUUACAAGCACCUUUAGUGCGGAUUUGUGUACCGUCUUGGCAGAGAGUGGGUAUAACUGCCCUAUCGCUGCAGGUCCCAAGACGUUGCAUGCUUGUGUUAACUAUAAUGGCACGGUCGUUAACAUUCCGGGCAGUACGACUGUCAGCGCCCAGAAUGGAGACGGCAACAACCUGUUCUGCCAGGCUGCCACGGUGACGAACCAGAACUGUGCCACCACCCCCAACUAA